CAAAAAUUUAGGGGUGUAUUCUCAAGAUAGUGUACUUUCAAAUAAAAAUUAGUUUUAUAGAAGGUUGUUCGACUUUGAAUGGUCUGUGUACCCUUAAAGUUAGCAUGGGUUCUUUUGGAUCCUUAACGAGCUCAACGUGUUAAGAUAGUUGUACCGAAUUACGUCAUGGAUCCGAAUGACGUUACCAUAAUUUGUUUUGUGUUCAUAAUAAAACGCAGCUAAUUAAAAGUAUCUAAAUUCUAAAAAGUUUUUAGAAAUUCUGAACGUGAGACUAAAAUCUCUUUAAAUAUAAUGAUCUUGAAACAAAACAAAAUUAAUAAAUGGAAAAUUUGUCAACAGGUAUAUUUUUUCAAGAUAUGUACAUGAAAUAUAAACAUCAUGGCGCCUUUGGAUUAUACACAUUUUUCAAACCAAAUUUGGUGAUCGCCGAUCUUGAGCUUAUUCAGACCGUGUUGAUAACAAAUUUUGACAAUUUUCACGAUCGUGGAUUCUAUUGCAACGAAAAAAUCGAUCCAUUAACUGGCCAUUUGUUUCUGCUGCCUGGACAAAAAUGGAAAAAUAUGCGUGCCAAGCUAACACCCACAUUUACUCUGUUUCAAAUAAAGCAGAUGUUUAAGAUCGCAAAGGAAAUUGGCAACAACUUUGCAAUUUAUCUGGAGAAUAAAGCACAGAUGAAAGAAUCUAUAGAAAUGAAGGAUAUGUUUUCAAGAUAUACAACUGAUGUUAUAAUGUCCACCGCUUUUGGUACCGAUUCCAAUUGUAUUAACGAACCAAACAACGAGUUUCGAAUUUAUGGAAAAAGGAUUUUGAAAGCAAACUCAAUUUGGGUUGCCAUUUUUAUGUUUGCUCCGCAAAUUAUGGAAUUUUUUUCCAUUCCCAUUACGCAUCGAAGCGUCACCAAAUUCUACAUGAAGAUGUUUCGAGAAAUUGUGGAAUAUCGUCGAAUUAAUAAAAUUACCAGAAACGACUUUAUAAAUUUAUUAAUGGAGUUAAUGGAGAAUAGCCACAUUGACAAUUAUGACAACAAGCCCGAUAAAGAAACUAAACUUACAAUGACAGAAGCAACAGCGCAAAGUUUUGCGUUCUUUAUAGCUGGGUUUGAAACCUCAUCAGCGACGGCGUCAUAUGCCUUAUUCGAAUUGGCCCAAAAUGAAAAUAUACAAGAUAAACUUUACGAUGAAAUUGAUCGAGUAUUAAAAGAAUAUGGUGAUUUAACUUACAACGCUUUAAAAGAUAUGACAUAUUUACAAAAAGUGAUAGAUGAAAGUAUGCGAAAAUAUCCAUCUGUUCCUAUCUUAAACCGAAUCUGUACGGAAGAAAUAGAUUUACCAGACAUACAUGUUCCAAAGGGGACGUUAAUAACGAUACCAGUUCUUGGUAUACACAGAGAUCCAACGAUAUAUCCAGAUCCGGAUAAAUUUGAUCCGGAAAGAUUCUGUAAAGACGAAAAAGAGAAAAGGCAUCCGUGUGCGUUUUUACCAUUCGGGAAAGGCCAGCGAAUGUGCAUUGGUGCGCAAUUUGGCUUAAUGCAAACAAAAGUUGGACUGGUGUCUCUUUUAUUAAAUUAUAAAUUUAAACUUCACCCCCGAUCUAAAAAGGCAUUAAUUUUCAGCGAAAAAUGUAUUGGACUUGGAGUAAAAGGUGGCAUAUAUUUUAUUAUUGAGCCACGGAAGUAAGAGUUUCUUUAUGUAGCUCUAUGUAACUCUAUCUAUCUUUGUCUUAUAAUGUGUUUGUGUUUUGAGAUAGUACAUUUAUAUCUUCUUAUAACUAAUUACUUUUUGUAUAACGUCUAUAUAGUUACAAUGUUUAAAUUCUAUGUAAUAAUCCAAGCAGAACAACAGGUCAAAAUUACAUCAAAGUGAUUCACAAUUGUGUCAAAAUGACAUCAAAAUAAAUCGUAAUUGAUUGAAAAGUGACUUUUAAUGAUCAUUUCGCAGUCAUUUUGACAUCAUUUUGACGUCGUGAUGAUUCCUUG